CAGCCAAAGAUACGCGUCACUUACAGUGGUAGAACUUACCUAUGCAUAAGACAUAUAGAUAACUGUUGUAGCUUCUUGUUUCUGCUGCAAAUGUACAUGCUCCAUCUAUCUUGACCACUUUAUGUUGGAUGUAAGUGCUCAUACAUACCUGUAUACAUGUAUCCGAGUCAUGUGUUUGCAGCGGGCUGUUUGGAUACAACGUUAUAACAAGCCACCCAAACUGCAUCAAUAUGGGUUUUUUUUCUUAUUAUUAACUAUGCUCUUCUGUCAAUUCCUCUCAUCACAUGAUGCUUCAAGCUUAAUAUGUUCAGCUGCUGUCAAACUUAACUGCAAGCAAACAGGCGGAGUGCUGCCCCACGCGGACCGCUCUGCGGACCGGUCCACCAUGCCCAGAAAUGGAGGGGUCGGUAUCAACCUAGUAUAAUCGCAUCACCGGCUCUGCAUCGUCUGCAAAGCCAAAUUUAACAUCAAGCGUCUCUGCCGAAGUCGUCUGCCGGAUGAAUC